UCAGUGUGACAUCAGGAAAGAUGAAGUUCACCGUGAUAGUUUUGAGUGUGUUUGCGGUGGUGCAGUGUACUCCGCUGGUGCAAGAAGAUCCGAUGAUGCGUUCCUUGAUGGAUCCCUUGUUGAAAUGUUCAAACAGUGAUACCUACUCGUGUUUGAAGGAGCAAGCGUUGACUGCAGUUCAAAAAGUGCGCACCCUCCGCAAAUUGAAAAUCUUUGACGGUAUCACACUGUUCAACAACAAUCCCAAAGAAGCCAGGAGCCUCGAUUCCUUGCCUACUGACCCUGCACUCAGGAGCAAACAGGUGACAGAAAAACUUUGGGAAACUGCGGCUGAUAUCUUCCAGAACGGUGAACUAGAAUUGAGUUAUGGGGGCGAGGAAGAAGAAUCCAGAGCUAUGGAUGAUGUCGAUGAAGCCCGUGGUAAGAAGAAGAAGGCCAUCAAGAAGAAGCUGAAGCUGCUCAUUCCCCUCCUGAUCCUCGCUAAAGCCAAGGCCGUCGCUCUUGUUGUCAUCGCCCUCAUCGUGAUUGCCGCAUCUCUCUUCAAAAUCGCUCUUCUCGCCAAAAUCGCCUUCAUUAUCAAAAUCAUCGCUCUCAUCAAAGCCCUUCUGGCGAAGAAGCACGCCACAGAAGAGACUUGGGAAGUCGCUCCCCACGGCUGGGAGCCACACGUUGAGCAUUCUCAUGUCGAGCAUGGUCACGGGUGGGAGGGCGGAUGGUCCCGCUCCCGGAACGAGGCCAACAACAUGGCUUAUUCCGCUUACAAUAAUUAAUACCAAAUAUUUAUUUAAAUCCGUUCCGGAAUUUAUGAGAAAUUUAUUUAUUUAUGCGUGAUUGUAUUUAUAAUGUGUGAAAGUGGUUUUUAUGUUUACUCUUCUAAUUUCUUUUCGGUCAUUGGAGAUCGAAAGCUCUGUUGUAUAUAGUUGAUUGUAUAUAUUGAUGUAUAUAUGGUAUGUAAUGAUACACCAAAAUAGAAGUUACAUAGUACUUUAUUUUUAUCUUUUAUGUUUUUGUUAUCUUAUUAUUUUUUCUUUUUAUUCAAAGUACCUAUAAAAUACUCUUUUAUGUAUAGGCCUGAUCUCUUUUUAGUUUUUAUUUUAUGUAUACUUUUAUAUCAUUAUUGUAUGUAGAUUUGUGUAUGUUUAUUUGUGUGAAAGGACGAAUGUGUG